GCUUUGACUCGCGCUUGGUUCCUUCUACUGGAAGUCGUUGACAUUUGACACCACCACCACGUUCCAAUUCCAAGAAGAUGAAGAUCCAAACUCUUGGGUUGAUUUCAGAGACUAAAAUAAAAUACACUGUGUCAGAUCUGAAACUUGUUUGAAUUGUCUUCUUACGUUUUCUGAUUGUCUAAUUCGACGGUAACAAUGGCUUCCUUGGAGAUGAACGACCUAAAAAAGAUUGGGCUAGGUUUGACUGGAUUUGGUGUCUUCUUUACAUUCCUGGGAGUGAUAUUUGUGUUUGACAAGGGACUCAUAGCCAUGGGAAAUAUCCUCUUCCUAGCUGGUGUUACUCUAACCAUUGGAAUCCACCCAGCUAUCCAAUUCUUUACUAAACGGCAGAAUUUUAAGGGUACUAUUUCAUUUGGAUUGGGUUUCUUGUUUGUUGUGUUUGGAUGGCCUAUCUUCGGUUUGCUUCUAGAAUCUUAUGGUUUCCUUGUCCUCUUCAGUGGUUUCUGGCCUACACUUGCCGUCUUCCUUCAAAGGAUACCUCUAUUGGGCUGGCUUUUGCAUCAACCAUACAUAAGAUCGUUGCUGGAUCGCUACCGUGGAAGGCGUGUCCCUGUCUGAACCCACUUUGCACAAAAACACAUAUCGUCAUAAACCACUGUUGAUACAAAGGUACAUAUGUAUAUACAAACCACUCUUGUUCUCCUCGUUAAUGCGUUGUAAAUGGUUCUUGGAACUGGGUUUGUGAAUAAUAAUAUUGGGAAAUGUAGUCUUGUGUCUUUUUCUCUCUUUUCGAUUCCCUGAUCAUUGUCCAAUCUAUCACCUGUUGAAAGCUUCUCCUAUUUGUUUAUGGAGAUUUCGUUUGUACAACCACUUAAGCUAAUUGUAUAGCUUUUAGUUAUGAUCAUGUUUAUUGUA